CAAUACUUCCUUUCACAGUGUCUUCCAUCCUCUUCCAACUUUCACACUUUCACUUGCUCUCUCUUUGCUCUUAUCCCUUUUCUUUUUUCUUCUUUUCCUUUGGGUUUUCUAUUCUCAGUUUGCGGUGUUUGAUAGAAAUAAUGGAUCGGAACGGGCCAAAGAUCAAAAGUACAAUUCUUCACCAUCUCUAUGAGAAGCAGAGACAGAGCCCUUACUAUGACAAUCUCUGUCGCCCUGUUUCAGAUUUGCUUCCAUUUAUUGCCAAUGGGAUCAGAGGUGUCACUACCAACCCAGCGAUUUUUGAAAGAGCUAUUUCAUCCUCAAAUGCCUACGAUGAUCAGUUGAGGGAAUUGGUAGGGGCAGGGAAGGACAUAGAAAGUGCUUAUUGGGAAUUGGUUGUGAAGGACAUACAGGAUACUUGCAAACUUCUGGAGCCAAUUUACAAUGAAACAGAUGGGGAAGAUGGACAUGUAUCUCUUGCAGUUUCCCCAAAGCUAGCAAAUGACACCAAGGGGACAAUUGAGGCAGCAAAAUGGCUUCAUAAUAUGGUUGGAAGUCCGUGUGUUUACAUGAAAAUUCCUGCCACUGAUGAAUCCAUCUCUUCCAUGAAGGAGGUCAUUUCUUUGGGGAUAAGUGUAAAUGCCACUCUCAUAUUCUGCCUCCCUAAAUAUGAAGCAGUGAUUGAUGCUUACUUGGAUGGCCUUGAGUCUUGUGGCAUGACUGAUCUCUCUAAGGUUUCAAGUGCAGCAGCAUUCUACAUCAGUAGAGUGGAUGUUACACUUGACAAGAAACUUGAGCAAAUUGGUACUACUGAGGCUCUUGAUCUCAAAGGAAAGGGUGCGGUUGCUCAAGCAGUCUUAGCAUACCAACUUUACCAGAAAAAAUUUUCUGGUCCAAGAUGGGAACGCUUGGAGAAUAGAGGUGCCAAGAAGCAGAGGUUGAUGUGGGCUUCAACAAAUGUGAAAAAUCCAUCUUACCCUGACACAUUUUAUGUUAAUUCUCUUAUUGGACCAGAUACAAUUUCAACCUUACCAGUACAAGCUCUUCAAGCAUUCAUGGACCAUGGUAUUCUUUCAAGAACUCUUGAUGCAAAAGUAUCAGAGGCUCAAGACAUUUACAAUGCAAUUGAGAAGUUGGGGAUUGAUUGGAGUUCUGUUGGAUCAGAACUGGAACAUGAGGUGCUGGAUUCUUUCACAAAAAGCUUUGACAAUGUGCUUGAAUGCAUGCAAAAGAAGGCUAAGCUUAGGGAUUUCAGCAGAGCAUAUGAACCGUGCUUUCAGGAUAACUAGUACAAGUCUAAGACAAAAAUAUUCGGAACUUGUUUUUUUCUGCGACACUUGUUGCAUAUGCAGCAUGCAACUGAUGCGGUUGAAGCUUAGAACUUUGGCGUGUAACUAAAAUAAUAUUAUGGAGUAUGGACUAUAAAUAAAAUUAAAGCGAUUAUAGUAUUUACGCAAUCACUUUGUAGUAGUGGUAAGCGUGGGAUGUGUUGGGAUGAGUUUAUCUUUGUUCUUAUCUGACCCAGAAAUUUGUUAGGUCAGUUUCUUGAAUCUGAACUGGUCCCAAUCAAGGCCCGAAAAAUUUAGAAUAAAAUCAGGUCCACCGGUUUACCUAUUA